GUAGUGAUUCAGACAGUGAUGAUGAUAAGAAAUCAAGGCAUAGUAAACAUAGUUCAAGACGUUCUAGUAGUCAUUCAAGCUCAUAUUCUUACUCAACUGGCGGUUCAGCGGAGAAAAACACGAUGCGAUCAGUGAUAUCACACAAAGAGAAAGACUCCAGGCGUAGCCGUUCACCUCGACGAUCACCUCGUCAAUCACCACGUCAAUCACCUCGACGAUCACCUCGUCAAUCACCACGUCAAUCACCACGUCAAUCACCUCGACGAUCACCUCGUCAAUCACCACGUCAAUCACCUCGACGAUCACCUCGACGAUCACCACGUCAAUCACCACGUCAAUCACCACGUCAAUCACCGUGUGGUCCACCACGUCAAUCACCGCGUGGUCGGUGGUCACCUAGAGACCGUAGAUAUCCUGAUAGACGGCGAUCUUACGACAGAGAUGAUCGUUAUGGGAGAGAUCGUUAUAGCAGGGAUAGAGUUAGACCUUGGAGAGACGACAGCACGAGAUUUUCACGCCGUAGAUCCCCCCACAGCCGUUUGGGAAGGCGACCUAGCCCACUUAGGGAUUAUCGUAGGGAUAUAAAUCGUAGUAGAGAACGAGACAGGCAAAGAGACACACGGUUCAAUAGACCUGAUGAGCGGCCUCGUCGUAGGCGUACGCAUUCCAGAUCAGUUGAGGAAAAGAACGAUUCUUCAGACAAGAACAAUUUAUCGCGUACAGAUGAUGACUUUGUGGAAAUCGAUGUCAAACAAAAGCCUGAUAUCAGGGAAUCUAGGCUUAAGAAGUCUGGACGGUUAGGAGAAAAAAGAGUCGAUGCAAACGGUAAAAAUGUUUAUUUAUUCAUUUAUCCAUUUAUUCUUUUAAAUUUAUCGAUACCCCGCAGAUCUACCCGUGUCUACUACCAUGUGACAAAUAUAGAAUAUACAUAUAAAGACUAUUUCGUAAUUGUUUUGUACAGUAUGAAAAAAUACAAUGACUGCUCAACCACAACGGAUUUUUUCAACAUGCUUAAGUCAGUGAUGACAGAAGACACAUUUAUACAAGUAUUUUAAAUCAAAUACAAAACAAUGGUAACUCCUGAAGGCUCGUUUACACUUGCAAUUUUUGCUGCGAUUCUAGGUGCAUUUGUCUUCUGAUGGAUGUGAAUGAGUGGAUAAGUUAUGAAUGUUCAGAUGACGAUACAUGUACUCCGAACAUUCGCAACUCAUCUACUCGUUCACAUGCAUCAGGAGGAGAAAAUCGCACUAUUCCAACUAGGAAUCGCAGCAAGAAUUGCAAGUGUAAACUGGCCAUAAAACGGUAAACAUUUUGAAAAGUGUUUACCGUAUUUACUCGUUUGAGCGCCGCGGCGCUCUUUAAAUUUUCAGAGCUUCAGAUGCGGCGCUCAUUUGGGGGCGGCGCUCAAUCGGGGGCGGCGCUCUUUAAAAAAAUAUUUUGUUUGUGAAUUAUGACAAGAACUUUUAACAAUAAAAUAAACAAGUUUUAAAUGUUUUUGUCACAAAAUGUCCCCAUUUUGACGGCGGAAAGUUUUUACACUGCUUACAAGUUUACAAAAUAUCAAUGUCACUGUCCUCUUCAUGAUCCGAGUCCAACUGCUGCAUCGUAACCAUUGUUGGAUAUGUCUCCCCGAUAUCAGAAGACGUAAAUUCGUUGCUUUGAAAGAGGCAAGGCAAUUGCUAGAUAGUAUACUUCAAAAUAAGGUUUCCGUUUUUAUAUCAAUUCUUAAAAUAAUUAAAAUAAGUUAGGGUUAGGUUAGGGUUUAGGUUAAGGUUAGGUUAGGGUUAGGGUAAUGGUUAGUAUUAGGGUUUAGUUUUGCGUUAGGAUAGUUUUUUCUACGCUAUAAAAACGGAAACCGUAUUUUGAAGUAUACUAUCUAGUUUAUUAAGCACUAUAGUUAAAUAUAGUUACACUAUUAGUAGUGUAUAAGUCCACAAAUGUCAUAGAUUUAAACUUCAAUUUGAAAUAAAGUUAAAGUUCAAAUGCGUAUUCAAUGCCCACUGGCAUAUUUAGAAUUUUUUGAAGGAAAUGAGGGUAAUUGCUCCUGAUCGGCCAGAUUUUUAUUUGAUCGGCAAAAAGUCCUCAUUGCCGAUCACCAUGAUCGGGAACGUUGCGAACGUUAUUUCGAGCCCUGAAAUUGAACGGGCAAAAGCCUGUGUUAGCCGAUUAAAGCUAUACCAUGCAAGUACAGAUAACAAUUUGGUUUUAACUCUGUGUUAUGGCCGUUUGUAAAUAUGUUGUUUUUUCCUUUACAGUUCGUCAUAAGCUUGGCUUUGAUCUACGAUCUAGAUUGGGCCCAAAGAAAAGUGAAACGAAACUCGUAAUCACAAAGAAAAUCCGAGUCGACGCACGAGAAAAACAAGAAGACGGAAUAGAAGUUGAAGGAGAAGAGGACGAAGAUGGAAUAUACGAAGACGAUGGAGAACAAAAUGGCAACGACGAUGGUGAUGAGUACGAGACAUCGCCUUCAUUAUCGAGAACAACUGUUGUUGAAGUACAAGGCGAUAAAGAAGCAGAACUUGAUGUGAGGAUUUCACGUAUUCAAAAGAUGAAUGAGGAAAUCCGUAAAAGGCGAGAGGAAGUGGAACGCGAGAAGAUGUUGUAUGCUAAUUUUUGAGGUAAGUUAGAACUCCUCCAGGCUUGUUUCCAUUUUAAUACAUGGAGAUAUUUUGUAACUAUGUUGGCAGAGCAUAGAGCUUUGCUUCUAUAAUGUCCCGUACACACUGAUACCUGCGGUCAGUGAAAGAACAAAACUGAGAGCAUUUCUCUAACAUUUAAAAAAAAAAUACCAGUGAAGUUUAGUAGAAGAAUUAAUCGAUUUGGGAAUACAGUAACCACAAAAUUUACGAAUUUUAUUGUUGUAAUUUCUCAGUAUCGUUUUACAUAAUUUAUAUUCGCUGUAGUCAGAUUUGCGUGACUUUUUCCCAGACCGUACAGGUUAUAUAGCCGCGUUUAUAGGUUUCUAUACAAUCUCAAAUACUAAAUGAUGUUUCCUAUAGCCAAAACUUACUUCGGAGGCGAAAUUUCUCAAAAAAAUUCCCCCUGAUCCCCUAUCUAGUUAACUCACUACGCUCGCAACGUACACGGGGCUAGCUGGAAAUCAAUUAUGGCCACCUGCAAAAAUGUGAAUAUACAAGCAUCUAAUUUACUGCCAUAAAGAGCUUGCUGAUAUUUAUACCAUAUGGAAAUGUCGGCUGUAAAUUUUAUACAUUUAUUAGCAUGAGGUUAGGAAUCGAACCUGUAUAUAGUUGCAUUUUUCGGAACUGCUCCUGGUCAAGUCUAAUAAAUGUAUUAAAUUUAAACUCGAAAUUUCCAUCUAUAACCCUUCAACAAUUAGUUCAAUCGAGUGAGAUACCCAACACCCUGAUAUUAUACAUUGUAGUCACUUCGUAUCUUCUGAUGGGCCAAUAGCUUGUAGAUAAAUAUGAAAAUUACGCAACCUACACAUAACACUGUUAUCUCAGUGUAGGUUGAGCCAGCGGUAUGUAAUUCUAUAGCAAGCGGAAGUUUUAAAUACACAAAUGAACGAACGGCAUUCUUGUUAAUGUUUUUGUACAAAAAGCAGACCUUUUGACGUUUUUAUCGGAACUAAGUUUUCUAAUAUUUUUAUGCUGUUAUUGUGAUAUUUUAAAUCGUUUUCCAUGCUUGUUUUGAGAACCAAACGUUGUUUUGUACAGUUGGUUAGAGCGCCCAAGCCAGAGGGCUGAUGCUGCUGCUUAGCUCUGAUAAAUGGAGGGCAACUUCUCCUGGUUUGGUGUUAAAAUAAAUGUAUAAAAAUUCCACUCAAAAUUUCCAUCUACAAUUAAAAUCCCUUCAACAAUUAGCUAUACCGAGAUGCCCAAAAUCCUGAUAUAUGAUUAAAUAUAUACAACAGGAUUGGUGGAAAAUAAUGCAACCAACAACUUCAAAAACAUAAAAAACGUUCGUUUUGUUUUUCAUAUAUCAUGUUUUGAAAUAAAAGUCACGCGAGACGAUCGAAGCUAUGAAUUUUUGAAAGUCAUCAAUGUCUUCACUUUUUUCGGAGUAAAUUUCCUUUUAUUUGCAAAGAGCUCUGUCGUUUUAUAACGUGUGUGCUAUAAACGUGGAUUUCGCACACAAAGUUAUUGUGCUGGCACGUCCUUUAAUCCCCUUAGUUACUUUGUUUGCAUCUCCUUUAAUUAGUUUUUGAGACCACAAAUUGAGGACGUCAGCUUCAUUCCAAAUUUUAGAUUUGCUUUUCAUCCUUUUAACAAAUGAAACUAAAUAUCAUGCUGUUCGGGUACUCUGCAUGUUAUACUGAAUUACUUUUCGAAGCAUUUCCUUUGACCAAUAGUUUUUUCUUGUUUUAUUUCCAGGCAACAGUCACGAAGUGUAGACUGUAACGACUUUGUGCCAGCUGAAAUCAACUUUCUCAGUUCUUCCUGAAACACAUGGCAGUUUCUCAGCCAGUACAACUAUUGUACCUUCAUGAUCGCUGUAUUCAUAACGGACUAAAGUCUUUUCAUUGUAAUGCUGAAUAACCAUAGCUUUGCCUGAUUUCACUGCUUCUAAUAUUCGUUGAUUAUUCUUGGACUUUGGAACGGCUGGUUUGUCUUCAGCAGGUAGCUCAAUGGUUUUACACUCCAUUUUAUGCACGAUAACUUUUAUAUAUUAAAUAUAUAUCCCACAAAUCUACAAACUGCUACAGUUAGCCUGAUAUAUUGUACACUGUAGUCUGUGCAGUAUAAUAAUUUAAACGUAGUCUAUAUACUAGAACCAUAUUUCAAAUUUGGUGACAUCUUCCUUGUUUGUUCGCAAAACCUCAUUUACCGCAUUAAAGAAUUAUCGCUAAUACUUGUUUCUUUUCGUUUGAAUAAUUAAUCAUAUUGACAAAACCAAGAGCUAGCUUUAUUAUACAAAUGGGAACGGCUGAAGACAUGUUGACUUGUUAUACAGCUAAUUCAAAAAAGGUUGUCCUUUGAACAACUCUAAACCAUAAACUCUAAGCGUGCAAAGCAUAAUGGGAGCAUCAUUUAAUCAGUUUAGAAAUCAUAUAUGGGGCCCAACGAGAACAAUUCAUUCACAAAUAACUGCAAUAUUCAACUACUAAGCUUGAAUCUUGUGCUUCCAUUAAGCUUUGCGCGCUUAGAGUUUAAGGUUUAGAGUUUAAGGUUUAGAGUUUAAGGUUUUUCAAAGGACAAGCUUUUUUGAAUUGGCUGUAUAAUGAUUAAUGAAGCUUUGACUGUGUUUUGAUUUUCAUUUGUAAAGUCCAAGAAAUAAGUGAACGAUUUUUAAAAUAGAAUUAAAUAAACUUCAAGAUUACUGCUAUUUACAUUCAAAUGAUUGAGACUCGACUCAAUUUUAUUAUUUUUUCUGAUUUUGAAAGCAGAUAAUAACUU